AUGGUAAGUACUCGACGUCCAUCUCUUUCGACUUAAUUUCCGUUAAAUCUCGAAGCUAAAUGCUUUUUCUGAUACCUUCAGAUUGACUGCGCGAAUGUUAUUACAUUCUGGAUUGGCGGUGGCUACGAGCCGUUGUUGUUGAGCCUUGUGUCGAGGAGCUAAUUUUCCGCGGCUGCAUCCUUUUCCAUCUGAAACGCGAACUUAAAUCCUGUUGGUCACUUUGUCUUGCCAGCGCCGGCUUUUUUGCGGUACGUACGUGCCACACUAGUUAACUGCGGGCCUUGAUCUCCCUGCUGACGAACUUAGCAGGCUUUGCCUUUACCAUCUCGACUUCGUGCUGAUAGUUAUUACCGAAUUAUUUGUAGCUCACUUUCACCACGUAUUUGAAAAGGUUCACACAGGCAACUCAUGGAGGUCUGCAAUCAAAAGUUGUUGUAAGCUCCUUUCCCUUUCGAUCAUUUGUUCUGGAAUUUGUCCACAGCUGCCAAUGUCUUGAGUUGGACUCUUAACGUUUCUCCUUCUUUUGACAGCAGCCCAAGUACUCUUCACAGCAUUCUUCGGAACCUACUCCACUUUUAUUGUCCUUCGGACUGGUGAGUAGCUCCUUCUCUCCUGACGUGGAAAAACGAUGAUAUGUAACCUUAGUUUUGCCCGUUCUAGUCAUUUCCCUGAUAACAAUGGAGUAUGCUUUACACUAAAACGGAUAUACCAGACGAGUUAGGCAGUUGGUCUCAUUAGAUGAUUGGAUAAUCGCAUAAAAAAACGACAAAACAACCUGAAUUUAGUUACUAGUACUCACUGAUUUUGUUCCAUCUUUUACAGACUCAACAAGACAGCACAAUUAAAUCACAUAACUAAUCUUGGAAAGGUAAUACCGACAAAGACAAGGGAGACCGGAAUGGCCAUUUCUGGCUUAUUAGCCGUCAUCAGCCAGUCAUACCCAACCCCAAGUGUGGAUCACUUGAGAUUCGAACCCGGGAUCUUUGGUCAUGGAGUUGAACGCUCUACCAUUGAGCCACGGGCCCGUUGUCCUGUCGGUUGUGAUCGGGAAUAUUAAUUAUGAUAGUGGGCGCUCACCGAUCAGGUUACGGAACAUGCUCGUUCCGUUGUGCCUUGGGGCUCAUACUAACUAAUCUUACUUACCAUUGUUCGUUGGGCCGCAUCCCUUGCAUGUCAGAGAAACCAGCUUCAUAAAUUUUCGCUUGUUGGAGCAUACUUCUAAGCGGAAGCAAGUUUGUUAGGAAGCUAUCUGUUGAGGUUCUUCUUUCACCAUUUUCCUGGCAUAUAGUUGACUCCUAUCCCUUGAUGGCAGUCAACCUAGUCUCUGUGACUCAACUGUUCCCAGCAGCGUAGUACAGAAUUUGACGGCCUCACCACCUUUCUGUUUUGUGUGUAUCACCGUUCUUUCUGACUCCACUGUGAUGGGUACUUGGGUGUCUGCAGUUCAUCUCAUUGCGAUAGAGCUUUGGUUUUUAGUACUGCAAGUUUGAUCCGAGCGCGACUUUUUCUUUCGCUGGAAAGCAUGGUUGUGUAUGUGAGCGCGGUUGUUAUUCCGAUGGACCUUAUUCCAUCCCAUAAGCCGUUUUAGGUGUAGUGAGAUUUAGUAUGCUGUAAGGGCCUCGGGAAUUUUUGUCUAGGAAAGCGACCAGCAUUGAUCCAGGUAUUUUGGUUCCCUUGUCGCAGGUAUAGAUUUUGCCGAAGUCCACCUUUCAAAUAGAUAGGUUGCCCUAAACGAACGCCGCUGGUUAUACUGAAUACGACAAAACACUAUAGACCUCACAUUUUCCUAAGACGAGGUUUUUCCUGAUAACUGGGACUCAGGCAUCCUAGUACCUAUCCUCAAGGAGGGAGAUAACACGGGAUGCAAGAACUACCGCGGCAUAAGCCUCGUCGACGUUGCUGCGAGGGCCUUCGCUACUGUCCUUCUCAGGCGAUUUCAGGCUGUGCGUGACUCUCAGACAAGGCCCAACCAAGUCGGAUUUCGUGCUGAACGUGGAUAUGCGGAACAAGUAUUCACACUGAGGCGCAUUCUCGAAUUUCGCCAUAGCUGCCAGCAGUCAACGGCCAUCUGUUUUGUUGAUUGCUGCUGCGUUCGAUCCCGUCCAUCGUGAGUUCCUGUGGCGGACAAUGGUACUAGAUGGCGCACUGCCAAAAAUCAUCGCCAUGAUCAAGGCCUGUUAUCACUCUACCACCUCGCGAGUUCUGGUCAACCAUUCGGUAUUCGAUCUGGCGUUCGACAGGGUUGUAUCCUGUCGGCCAUUCUGUUCAAUUAAGCUAUUGACCGAAUUCAUGGGGGGAGGGGGCGUACACAAAGGUGACGGCGCUAAGUUUGAAACCGGACACCGAUUGACUGGUCUUGGCUAUGCCGAUGAUAUUGCCUUAUUUGCUUCAAGUUUUGGUGUCAUGGGUGAACGAGAUUGCUUAAUCGGUCCGUUUAUCCAAUAAACGCGGGGAAGACUAAAGUGUUUUCAAGCUGCAUUCCUGACCAGAAGAACGCACCUCUCGAGAUUGAUGGCUGUCAACUUGAAGUGGACAAUUUUAAAUACCUUGGAGCGAGGCUGCUGCAGAAUGAACAGAGUAAGAACAACAUUGUCGCCCUAAUUUAUGCUGCCCGACGUGUUUUCUCGGGUCUUAGAUAAUGCCUAUUGGUCUGACGCGACAUCUCCAUCGCCACCAAAAUUUGCAUGUACCGCGUAUCCGUCCGGUCUGUCCUUGUAUAUGGCUGUGAAGGAUUGGCUGUGCGUAUGGAUGACAAGCGAAGACUGGACAACCACUGCUUGAAAACCAUACCUCGAGUGAAGUACACCGACUUCAUCUCAAAUGAGACAUUCCUCGUCCGCUGCGACAACAUCGCAAGGAUAACUCUGGCCAUCCGAGAAAGACGACUGAGGUGGUUUGGGCACGUUCUGCGUUGUUCACCUCUGAAGCUCAGCAUUACUGCCCUCGACCCGGCACCGUUAUCCCAUUGGAGGCGUCGAAGAGGAGGUUAACUCAAGACCUGGCUCGACGCAGUUGGUCAAGACAUGGACGUAGUUCUUGGACCUUCGGUCUUCGCUUUUCGUCGUGGCGAAGAGAAUGGGUUGAACUGUCUGCGUCUGCUGCCGUGGAUUGUCAUGCGUGGAGAGGUACAGUUCGGAAUACCAUCGUGGCUGGAUAGAUCAGGCAUGAUCGUAGCCGUACAAAGUACAAGUAAUUCUGCACUCUGUGUAAUCCAGCUCACGACAACAACAUGGCAAGCCUAUAUCGGAGGAAAAGUCUUAUCGCAUUAAGUGUGGGUAGGACUGUAUUACCCUCGUGUCGAACAUUCGCCAGUACUUUCCUAUGGAACAUGUUAAAUUAACGGCUCCAGGUGCAGUUCGACCGUCGUCAUGGGCGAUAUCCACCGCAUGCAGCAUGGUGGACGUUGUGGCGGUGACAUGGGCAUGUAUUAGUUUAUAGUGAUAUUGGACUUGUGGACCACCUACCAAAGUCUCUUCCCUCACCUAUCUGAGGCAGAUGUCAACGAGAUCGGAGGCGCGAUGGGGCGCAGUGACUAACAAAGCUGGAAAGUCCGUCUGCGCGUGCCACACACACCCUCGGUUCGUGCACGAUGGACCAGAUUUCCACAAAAACAAAGAGAGGCUCGUAUUCCCACUGAUUGGGAGUGUCACGGAGGCGACACUAAGUAGGGGGAAGGGUUACUUGAGGAAAGGCUUGUCGCCAAAGCACACAAGCAUCUUUUUUGUUGGUUUAAACCAAUUCACGCGCAAGUCACCGUCCCGACUCCCACUCUGCUAUGGAACACACGGCGGAUAUCGUCGAAAUCGGCGGUCACGAUGGCCAGCAGCUGAUUUUGGCUCAUACAAGGAGACGACAGACGUUCGCUAAGUGACCUUUCAGCCGCAUACAACCUAUCCGGCCAUUGAUUGGUUCCCGUGCGAAUAGGGCACGUUUGGCUUGUUGCGAGGGCGACCACCACGCCGUAUCUACCAGAAGAGUCAGUGGGCCGCUGAGGUAGAGAGUAAAGUGAGAGAUGACUCACAGGAUAUUUAUUUUCUGAGCGUCUAAGUCGGAGAUUCGAAAUUCGGAUAGAUGGCAGACAUCAGCGUGGUACUGAUAAGGACUGAGCGCCAUCAGACUUUGGGUACGCGGAUCCAGGAACAUUCGCCCAUCUGAGCAUCCAAUACCAAUAGUCCGUUCUCGGGUGAAGUCUAACCCGCAUAUUAAUCGACAGCACCAUUGGACCAGGGUUUGGAAGCGCGACGGUCCCCGCAGACGCCGUAGUAUGUAUUGCAAUAAUGUAACUAGACAUUUUCACGGGGUUUCUGGGAACUUUUGAAUAAAGGUGAAUUCCCAAGUCGCUCAGAAUGUUUGAUUGAGGUUGUUUCCUCUAUAAUUUUGGUUCAAAAAUCUAACCCUAAGCCACUGAUGGCAGGCAAGCUCGACUAAUGGUGAUUCGCGGUCACCAUGUCAGAGUGCAAUCACGGAGCUCUGAGGUAUUUUAGAAGGCAGUCGGUGUGUCAGACCUUAGCCCUCCACGCCAAAAGAACGCGGCUUUGGGUUUCAGUUGACGACGGUUUCCCUUGUCUUCGUCAGUAAUAUCAUUCUGCCUGUAUUAUGCGCUGCUAUGCGACUACUGGCAGGGCUCAAGUGAAAGCCCCAAGGCACAACGGGACAAAUGAGUUUCGUGAAAACGAUCGGUGAGAGUCCCUCUACCAUUGUAUAGACCCGAUCGCAACCGAGAGGACAAUGAGACCGUGACUCAGUGGUUCGGGCGUUGGACUUUUGACCAACAGGCCGCGGGAUCGAGCCCCAGGUGUUGCACACCUCGGGGUUUGGUAUGGCUGGCUGAUGAGGCCUAAUAAGUCGGAAAUGGCCAUUCCUGUCUCCCUCGUCUUUAUCACCAAACCAUUUCUGCAUAUAAUACCAGUGGUUAUGCGACUGCCAGUGGGGCUCUCGAUUGAGCCCGUAAAGCAAAACGGGGUGAAUGAAUCCCCUAACCGGAUUUUCGAUAGGAGGUUUUGUGGAGCGAUUUAGUUGAUGCGAUCAGUAUUUUACUUCUUGGUCUUAUUUCCCUCAUCGUCGACCAGUGGUCAAGUGGUGUCCACCAGUGUUGUGUCCAGUGAAUCUGCCUUUCUCCAGGAAAAUCCUUCUAACCCCUUCCCGCCCGCGGGGUUUCCCGUUUGCCUCAAUUCUCUUGGAUUUUUAGUACUCAAUUGUGUAGUGGUACAGGUCGUUUUGAUAGCUCAGCAGGGCAUGCUCGCAAGACCCUAUCUACUACUGCCUUUAAAACCGCAACCAACAAAAAGAUGCUUGUGUGCGUUGGCGACAAGCCUUUCCUCAAGUAACCCUUCCCCCCACUUAGUGUCGCCUCCGUGACACUCCCAAUCAGUGGGAAUACGAGCCCCUCUUUGUUUUUGUGGAAAUCUGGUCCAUCGUGCACGAACCGAGGGUGUGUGUGGCACGCGCAGACGGACUUUCCAGCUUUGUUAGUCACUGCGCCCCAUCGCGCCUCCGAUGUUUGACUCUUUUUUAUCAUCUGCCUCAGGUAGGUGAGGGAAGAGACUGUGGUAGAUUGUCCACAAGCCCAAUAUCACUAUAAACUAAUACAUGCCCAAGUCACUGCCCAGCGUCCACCAUGCUGCAUGCGGUGGAUAUCGCUCAUGACGACGGUCGAACUGCACCUGGAGCCGUUAAUUUAACAUGUUCCAUAGGAAAGUACUGGCGAAUGUUCGACACGAGGGUAAUACAGUCCUACCUACACUUAAUUCGAUAAGACGUUUCCUCCGAUAUAGACUUGCCAUGUUUUCGUCGUGGGCUGGGUUCUUGUUAUUCUUCUCAUUCUUUUUAUUUUUCUUUUCCUUCUUCUCUUUCAUCUUCUUCUUCCUCUUCUUCUUUGUCGUCUUAUUUUUCUUUUUUCUAUUCUUCUUCUUCCUCCUUUUUUCUUAUUCUUCCAAUUCAUCGUCCUAUUCUUAUUCUUCUUCAGAUAUUUCUUGAUAUUCUCGUUAUUCUUCUUGUUCUUCUAACUCUUCUUAUUCUUCUUCCCAUUCUCCUUAUGCUCCUUCUUAUUUUUCUACUGCUUAUUCUUUUUAUUCACCUUGUUCUUUUUUUCUUCUUCUCCUUCUUCUUCUUCUUCUUCUUCUUCCUUUUAUUCUUAUUCUUCUUAUUCAUCUUCUUAUGCCUCUUAUUCUUGUUAUUCUUAUUCCUUUCCUUUUUAUGCUCCUUAUUUUCUUCCUAUUUUCUUCUCGUUCUUCUUAUCUUCUUCUUUUCCUUCUCGUUCUCCUUAUUCUUCUUAUUUUCCUUGCAAUUCUUCUUCUUCCUCUUCUUGUUAUUCUUCAUUUUAUUCUUUAUCUGAUUCUUCUGCUUUCUUCUUCUUCUUCUUCUUCUUCUUCAGCCCCUCACAUUUACAUUUCAUUUGAAGUGAUGAAAAGAUGGCGGCUAGGGUUUGAGGGUAGGGAGGGGAACGAAAACCAAGAUUACCGUCGACGUCGGGGGAAGGAUGGUGGAAACAGCUUGGUGGUUGGCAUGAUGGCUUUGGGUCAUGGCAACUGUGGGGCUUGUAUGAAAUCCCUCUGUGCGCAUAGGACCGGUUUGCAUACAGUUGUUGCAGCCAACAGCCAGUAGACGCCGUCAAAGUGGUUUUGAGUAGCUGGACAGAACCAAAUCAUUUAGAAGCCCUCCUGUCAUCUGUCCUGAGUAGCUGGACAGAACCAAAUCAUUUAGAAGGCCUCCUGUCAUCUACGUUCUCUAUUUGGCCCUUUCCUAACCAUACUGAAAGAUGUUCUUCUGAGUAAACGCCGGCUCGCCCGACCAUACACAUUUAAUACACUGGAAAAAAACACUAUUUGCGAAUAGUCGGACUCUCGCGACCAGAAUCCGUCAGUUUUCUUGAGCACAAUUUUUUUUUAGGGAAAUGAGGACGUUUUUAGGAUGCCCAAAUCUGUUUGCGAGGGAGGCCACGUUUGCUGCGAUUUCUCUUCAUAGGCCGGGCUGAUUCCCUCGCGGACUUUGCACCACGACGGAUAAUCAUUCUUAAUAAAGAAAAAGCAUCUUUUCAGUCCCCCGAAGCUUCUGUACUUCGUCACCAUCAGUCCUAUGAAUAUGUUAUGGCAAAUACAUGCGGAUCUAUGCGGGCUGCUGUUCACCACUAUAUCCAACAUGCUCGAAUUCUUGGCGGCUGCCAACUCUAAAACGCUUCCGUACGCCACGGUGCCAGGCACAGCAUCACUGUAACGUAGACGAUGGCCACAGAUAGAGCUUGUACUUGGUCUUCACGCAGUCCAUCCUGUCACAGUGAAUUGUGUUGUUAGUCGACAGAAUGUCUACGAACUAGGCCAUAUCCACUGAACGUCUGCAUCAAAUUCAAACAGGCCACAGUAAAUCUUCUGUGAGCAUCGCUGUAGAAAAAAAACGUGAUAACGUGGAGUCAGUCUUCUCUCUGCAUGAGCUUGCUCCUCUUUAGAAGCAGAGGAAAGCAAGCCUUGUUCACAGGAGCAUCUGCUCAAAAAGAGGAAAAGUGGAGUAGUUUGUAACUUUAAGCCCUGCAGAUUACAUAGAUUCAUUUUCUUUCCUAGUUCAUUUCGUACGAAAUUCGGAAGCUGGAGGAGGCAGAACUGGAACCAAGCGACUUGGCCAACUCAGAUUCGCCCUAUCUACUGUUGGACCAUUUUAAACGACAGAAUCUGCGUGUGUGGAAUCAGCUCUGUCGGGUACAAAAAAUCUGA